AUGCCGUCGACGCGGGUCAGCCGCCUGUUCCACUACGGAUCACUAGCAGUUGGCCUGGGAUUCGGCGCCCUGGGCGAAGCAACCAAGCGCUGGAGCGGGCUGGGAUCGGAAACCUCAUCGACCCAAAAAUCAGUAUUUUUGAGCAAAGCCAACAUCGACCGUGUAGUGAGCAAGCUAUCCAAGAUGCGCGGUGCAGCGCUAAAGCUAGGACAAAUGCUGAGCAUCCAAGACUCCAAGAACCUGUCGCCUGAGAUUUCCGAGGUUCUACAGCGCGUGCAGAAUUUGGCCAACUAUGUGCCCCUGGCACAGGUCGAAAAGACUAUGCGCAGGGAGCUAGGUUUGCAGUGGCGCGAGGGAUUCGAAGAGUUUUCCGAUACUCCGUUUGCUGCUGCGUCUAUUGGCCAGGUACACGAGGCACAGCUGAACGCGCAAAAAAAGAUGGAGCUCGGGUUUGGCAGGGUUGCUGUUAAGAUGCAGUACCCGGGUGUUGCCGAUUCGAUCGACAGCGAUCUGAACAACAUGCAGUCCUUGCUUAUGAUGAGCAAGCUGUUGCCGCGCGGAAUGUACUUGGAUAACACUAUCCGGGUGGCGCGCAAGGAGCUGCACUGGGAAUGCGACUACGAGCGCGAAGCCCAGUCCAUGGAGAAGUUUGGCCAGCUGCUGGCCAACGACCCCGUAUUCGUGGUUCCGCGCCUUGUCAGUGACUUGUCUAGCAAAAUGGUGCUGACGGCUGAGUUCAUGGAGGGCACAGCAAUGAAGAAGGCCGAGGAGUACUCGCAGGAAGUGCGUGACCACAUUGGCACCCACAUUAUGCGUCUGUGCCUGCAGGAGCUUUUUGAGUUUGAGUUCAUGCAGACCGACCCUAACUGGGCCAACUUCCUUUACAACACGGCGACGCGCAAGAUUGUGCUGUUGGACUUUGGCGCGUCGCGGUCGUUCGACAAGGCGUUUUUGGACAAAUACCUGUUGACACUCAAGGCCGCCAUGGAUAAUGACCGCGAGGCGUGUCGCCAUUGGUCGACAGAACUAGGAUUCCUGACCGGGUACGAGGCAGAUAUCAUGACCAAGGCGCAUAUUGAUUCGGUGCUGGAGCUGGGUAAGCCGUUUGCUACUUCUGGUAUUUAUGACUUUGGAAACCAGGAUGUGUCGAAGAACGUGCGCUCAGCUAUCCCUGUUAUGCUUCGCCAUCGGCUGACUCCGCCGCCUGACGAGACGUACAGCUUGCAUCGCAAGCUGAGCGGCGCUUUCCUGCUGUGCAUCCGACUGCACGCGCGCGUUCCGUGCCAGGACAUGUUCAAGAGCAUUACGGCAAAGUACACCUUUAGCGACGGAAGUCAGAUAAAGUACAUUUAA